AUACCCGAUAUGCAGGGCUGGUCUGCUUACCUCUGGUAUUAUCAGGUGCCUUCUCUAUGCCAGACUCUGUCCUAGACAUGGGCACAGGGGCAGCCAGAGAGAAAUGCCCUCAGUGUGAGGCAGAUGAGCAAUGAGGCCCUUGCAGUCUGAUCAGAUAAAGUCUGUGAUAGGGAAAUACCAGGGUUUUUGGGAGCUGUUUUACUUUGGGCUGCUAUAAUGGAAAGUCCAUAGACUGGGUUGCUUAAACAAAAGAUUUAUUUUUCACACCUUGGGAGGUUGUGAAGUCCAAGAUCAAGGCUCUAGUCAGCCUGAUGAAGUCUGCCUUCUUGGCUUGCAGAUGGACACCUUCUUGCUGGGUCUGAGCUCACAUGUUGGAGAGGGAGACCAUCUCUUUUGUGUCACUUCUUAUAAAGGUGCUAAUAAGGUGUCAUUCAUCUCCUGAUUACCCCAAGGCCCACCUCCAAAUACCAUCACACUGGGGAUUCAGUCUCAACAUAAGAAUUUUGGUAGGAUACAAAUAUUCAGUCCAUAGCAGGAGCACAGAAAGGCAGGAGGAAGGAGUGGGGGAUUCAGGAGGCCCCUUGAAAGAUGACUUUCUGAAAGGGAAUAAGGCUGGGUUGUUCCAGCUAUGCAGAGGCCAGGAGGUGAGCAGGGACAUGGCCAUUACGGGAACUGCCAGUUCAGCUGGAGUAAAGAGAGCAAGGUGGGGAGAGGGAAGCAGUGGCCAGGUCAGCUUCAGCUUCUUGAAUUCUGGACUUGAUCCUAAUGCCCCAAGGGGAGCUAUAGAGUGGUUCUAGGCGUGGGAGUGGCAGGUAAAUGUGUGGUUUAAGAAGGUCAUUCUGGCUGCAGGAUCAAGAAUGGCUGGGGAAAGAGGGCAGGAGCAGAGGGACAUGGGGUGGCCGCUGUGGGGACAGAGACAUGUUAAGGUUAGUGAACUUUUUAAAUUGAUAGUAACCUAAAUAAAACGCGUAAGUAUAUAAAUCUUAAGUGUCCAUAAGACGAAUUUUUACAAUUUUAGACAUUCAUUUAACCACCAUGCAGAUCAACAUAGAACUCUUACAGGUCCCCCAGCCCUUCCUACCUCCCACCCCAGAAAAUUUCCCUCAUGACUCUCUCCAGGGUGUCCUUCUCCCUCCCCUGGGGAACCACUGCUCUGACUUAUAUCAUCACAGAGUAGUUCUGCCUCUUUUUUUUGAACAUUUGCAUGUAUUUCGUGUCUGCCUUCUUUCACUCAGCAUGAUGUCUGUGAGAUGCAUCUGUGUCGUGUGCAUCCAGGAGCUGGAGCUCAUUUUUUUUUUUUUUUAAACAGUGUGGAAUAACACAUUCACUGAGCACUUAUCACUAAUCUAAGAACAUGUGACAUGUGUUGAUUCUUCUAAAUCCCCCAACCCUAUGAGGUCUUAAGACAAAGAAUUGGAGGCACAGAGAGGUUAAGGAACUUGCCCAGGAUUACCCAGCCAAGUAACAGUGGAGCCAGAGUUCAAAAGCAGGCAGUCUGGUUCUGGAGCCGAAGCUCUUAACACGGCCACGUGGCCUCCAUGAUACCUCCUGGGUCUGUUCCUGGCUCUGUGUGGAUUAAAUGGAUUUACAUGAACUCCCAGGCAUGGCGUGCCUGGAUAUAGAUGGAGGAAGAGAGAGGAAGGAGUUGAGGAUGACUGCGGGUUUCUGGCUUGAGUGACUGGGUGGGUGGUGGGGCUGUUACUAAGAUAGGGAACACAGGAAGAGGAACAGAUGGCAUGGGGGGUGGGGAACAGACACAAGGGGUUCGAUUUGGGGCCUGCAGAAUUUUAUGUUUCUAGGGGAUGGUUGGGCGGAGAUAACAAGUGGGCAGUGGGUCCUGGGGGAUCUCAGGCUGGAUGUGUGGUGAAGGAGGCAUUCAGGGCCCUGUAGAUGGCAUCUGGAACUGGGAAAAGGAUGGGGUCUCUUGGCAGGAUGCGAUGGGGACAGGAUGUGCGGGUGUUGUUUGUCCAUAUGUGUGUUUCCGUGUGGUCUGAGCAUGUGUGUACAUGUGAGUAUGCCUGCCUCUGGGUCAUGAAUCCCCCACCUCCUGGGAGAACCUGCUGGUCAGCUGGGAGCUGGGUUGUUUUUGUUUGUGGUUUGACCCUGGGAGGGGGGUGCCAAGCCUGAGAAACUACCCACGGAGAAGCCCCCGGAAACAUCUGUGAGUCUUCUUCCCCCAGGCCCAGGGUGGGGGAUUGGCCGGGGAGGGAGAUUUUCUUGCUUCUCUCACGCUUGCCUAGGGGAGGCUGUCCCUGGGGUAAACAUUAUCCAGUUAGUAAGGUUGACAGCAAACUCUACAGGAUUCGGGGACUUCGUAGGCGGCUGGGAAGAGGGCAAAGGAGUGUUUGGAAAGGACACCUGAGUAGAGGAGACCAAGACAGCCUUCUGGUUGGUUUUUCCUGUUCUCUCUCAUUUCCUGUGAUGGCAGUGGGGGAAGGGUUCCCCAGCACUGGGGCCUCGGCCUCAGCUUCAACUUCCUUUCCCUUUCCCCCUGGUGACCUCCCCAAAGGCCCAGCUGGAGCAACAGACACAAGGUAGCUGUACUCAGCCUUUGGGAUUGAGUCCUCUGGGGCUUGCCAAACCUUGGGAAGGACCCUUAUUUGCUGAAGCAUUCCAGGGAAUGAGCCCCAAGUCUCUUCUGCUUGGAUAAGGCCAGCCAGCUGUGGGAGUCUCUGGUUAUACUUCUGCUGAGGGCUGAGACUCUCACUUGGGAGACAGUGUUGUGUUGUGGGGUGCUCCAUGUCACGAAGCCAUAGACAGGAGAGACUUUGGACAUUAGGAUCAAAUGAGAUGUUAAAGAGACAGCCUUAGUGGCUGUGGUCACACAGGCCUGGAGGCAGGAGACUUCUUGUCAGUGGAGCGGGGGUUUCUAAGGGAAAGUCUGAGAAGCUCCCACACCGGGAGGGGAAGGGCUCAGAAACUACUCCGUCUAGGAAUGGAGGCCAACGUCAAAGCCAGCCUGUUCCCCAGAGUGCCUGGCUAGCCUGGAGCAAGGGCCCGCAGCCCUGCCUGUGUGCAGAGUGGCGUGCCUGUGUGGGUGUGCUGGAGGAGGAGGAGGAAGCAGAGCCACCAUACCAGGGCCGUGCGGGCUGUGCGGGCUGUAGGGCGUACACACACACACAUACACACACACACACAGGCACACAGAUGCAAGCUGUGUGAAUCACCCAGCCUGUGAGUCAGCCCCAGGAUUCCUGUCGGGGAAUGAGUGAGACCAGGCUGAGGCUGUCUGUCCCCAGACCCCAGAGCACGUCCGGCACCACCAUGACUGGGCUGUUGAAGAGGAAAUUUGACCAGCUGGAUGAGGACAACUCCUCGGUCUCCUCCUCCUCCUCUUCCUCUUCCUCCGGGUGCCAGUCUCGCUCCUGCUCCCCAAGCUCUUCUGUCUCCCGUGCCUGGGACUCAGAGGAGGAAGGCCCCUGGGAUCAGAUGCCCCUGCCUGACCGUGACUUCUGUGGCCCCAGAAGUUUCACCCCCCUGUCUAUCCUGAAGCGGGCUCGCCGGGAGCGCCCAGGCCGUGUAGCCUUUGAUGGGAUCACCGUCUUCUACUUCCCCCGCUGCCAGGGCUUCACCAGUGUGCCCAGCCGUGGUGGCUGUACUCUGGGUAUGGCCCUUCGCCACAGUGCCUGCCGUCGCUUCUCUUUGGCUGAGUUUGCGCAGGAGCAAGCCCGUGCACGGCACGAGAAGCUCCGCCAGCGCUUGAAAGAGGAGAAGUUGGAGAUGCUGCAGUGGAAGCUUUCGGCAGCUGGGGUACCCAAGGCAGAGGCAGGGCUGCCACCUGUGGUGGAUGCCAUUGAUGACGCCUCUGUGGAGGAGGACUUGGCAGUCGCUGUGGCAGGUGGCCGGUUGGAAGAAGUGAGCUUCCUACAGCCCUACCCAGCCCGGCGACGUCGAGCUCUGCUGAGGGCUUCAGGUGUGCGAAGGAUCGAUCGGGAGGAGAAGCGGGAGCUGCAGGCACUGCGCCAAUCCCGGGAGGAUUGUGGCUGUCACUGCGAUAGGAUCUGCGACCCUGAGACCUGCAGCUGCAGCCUGGCAGGCAUCAAGUGCCAGAUGGACCACACAGCAUUCCCCUGUGGCUGCUGCAGGGAGGGCUGUGAGAACCCCAUGGGCCGUGUGGAAUUUAAUCAGGCAAGAGUUCAGACCCAUUUCAUCCACACACUCACCCGCCUGCAGUUGGAACAGGAGGCUGAGAGCUUUAGGGAGCUGGAGGCCCCUGCCCAGGGCAGCCCACCCAGCCCUGGUGAGGAGGCCCUGGUCCCUACUUUCCCACUGGCCACGCCCCCCAUGAACAAUGAGCUGGGAGACAACAGCUGCAGCAGCGACAUGACUGAUUCUUCCACAGCAUCUUCAUCAGCAUCGGGCACUAGUGAGGCUCCUGACUGCCCCACCCACCCAGGCCUGCCUGGCCCUGGCUUCCAGCCUGGCGUUGAUGAUGACAGCCUGGCACGCAUCUUGAGUUUCAGUGACUCUGACUUCGGUGGGGAGGAGGAGGAAGAGGAGGAAGGGAGUGUGGGGAACCUGGACAACCUCAGCUGCUUCCAUCCAGCUGACAUCUUUGGUACUAGUGACCCUGGUGGCCUGGCCAGCUGGACCCACAGCUAUUCUGGCUGUAGCUUCACAUCAGGCAUCCUGGAUGAGAAUGCCAACCUGGAUGCCAGCUGCUUCCUAAAUGGUGGCCUUGAAGGGUCAAGGGAAGGCAGCCUUCCUGGCACCUCAGUGCCACCCAGCAUGGAUGCUGGCCGGAGUAGCUCAGUGGAUCUCAGCUUGUCUUCUUGUGACUCCUUUGAGUUACUCCAGGCUCUGCCAGAUUAUAGUCUGGGGCCUCACUACACAUCACAGAAGGUGUCUGACAGCCUGGACAACAUUGAGGCACCUCACUUCCCCCUGCCUGGCCUGUCUCCACCUGGGGAUGCCAGCAGUUGCUUCCUGGAGUCCCUCAUGGGCUUCUCCGAGCCAGCCGCCGAAGCCCUAGAUCCCUUUAUUGACAGCCAGUUUGAGGACACUGUCCCGGCAUCUCUAAUGGAGCCUGUGCCGGUGUGAGGACCAGGAUGCCUUUUCCCAGCCCCAAGAGACCUGUUGCUGCUUUCUUGUAAUUAUGGGGCUCCCCAGAGUCUGCGUAACAGUCUCCCACUGGCUGGCUCACCCACAGGUGCCAUGUGCACACUCCUGGUUUUCAAACAAUUCUCUGGAUUUAUUUAUUUGUUGUUUUAACUUUUCUGUGCUGAAGAGAGGACUGGGGGGAGGGGGCUUCCCCUUUCAGCUGCCCGGCCCCCCACACCCACAGCUUGCUCUUCUAUCUCCACAACGUGAGCCUGGAAGAGGAGAAAAUGUGGCUCCUCUGGAGCUUGGCAGACCACUUUCCGGUCUUUGCGUGAUGUUCCUUAGCCCAAAGACGGUGAGACAGGGCUGAAAUCAGGUGGCUUCUGCCACCCUGAGCCCUAGACCCAUGGGUGGCUAAAUCCACUGGACUGUGAAGACUAUAAUUUAUUUCCAUAAUUUAUUUGGAGAUUGAGGAGGCUUUGGUUGCACCUCUUUGGCUGGUGGGUAAUGCCAGGGGUGGGGUGGGCACAGGCCCUCAAGAGCCCCUUUUGCCUUGUAGUCCUACACCUUGCCCUGCCUGGGCUUUGGUGCAGACUAGGUGUGGAUUUGAGCUCUGUGAUCUGUGUCUGCUGCCUGGCUCCUAGAUGGCUCUGCGGGCAGGUGCUGGCCAAGGACAUCAUCUAGGCAGGGGGAGAGCCUGGGCUGAACAGCUGUGACCAAAACUCCCUUCUGCCCCACCCUGCCCCCUCCACUUCCUGCCCUCUGUUCCAUCUUCCCCCUUCCCAAAGGCCACAGCCUUUAUUCCAGGCCCAGGGAUGUAGGAGGGGGAAGGAGGAAACAGGAAGCCCAGAGAGGGCAAAGGGCCUACCUCGGGGCGCGAACCAUGCCCCAGACUAUUAUCUCAGGGCUUUCUGGGCACUGCACUUCAGCCUGGCCCACCUGCCCAUGCCCUGAGGCCAGUUGGCGAGGGGUGGCUCCUGAGGGUUUUUAUACCCUUUGUUUGCUAAUGUUUAAUUUUGCAUCAUAAUUUCUACAUUGUCCCUGAGUGUCAGAACUAUAAUUUAUUCCAUUUCUCUCUGUGUCUGUGCCAAGAAACGCAGGCUCUGGGCCUGCCCCCUUGCCCAGGAGGCCUUGCCAGCCUGUGUGCUUGUGGGAACACCUUGUACCUGAGCUUACAGGUACCAAUAAAGGGGCUUUAUUUUUA